AUGUUUAUUAUUAUAACAACUAAAAAAUUUAUAAUUCUUUUAAAAAAGGGUAAGAACAAAAACGCCUUUUUCGUAAUGUCGAACAAAGAAGAGCGAAACGACGCAAACAUCGUCAUGUUUGGGCUCCCAAAAGUCGGCAAGACGACGGUGAUCAAAGAUAUUGUCGACAAAUCGUUUGUCGAGGACUAUUUAAAAACAGACCAAGACAUCCCAAUCUCCACACAAAUAAAAAUUCAGGACGCAGAGUUUAACGUGAAAUUUUUCGACACAAAUGGAGAGGCGUUAACAAGCAAAAGCUUGACUGUGGCGACGUACACUUCAAAUGGUACAAUCCAUUUUUUUGUGAUGUCGAGCAAAAGCACAGACAUCGAAGCAAACAACCAAAUUAAAAUGGUCCAAAUCAUGACAGAUACGCCAGGGUAUAAAGACCAACCACUUGACUUAAUGGUUAUUAUCGUCACUAAAACGGAUUUGGGGCAUGACUUGGAUAUUCAACAGGCACAAAAACUCGCUCAGGAUAAAGGUGCGUUGUUUUUCGAAUUGGACCUCCACGACGUUAAAGCCACAAACGAUGUCAUGACCCAGAUACUUACACGUUUUGCAGAAAUCAAAGGAAUUUCUCUCAUAAAAAAGCCACAAAAAAAGAAGCUUUGUUUGAUUCUUUAA